AUUAAAUUUUAAUUCAAAAUUUAUGUAAAUUUAAGCAUUUAUCUUCAUAUUUUUAGAAAAAGUGGGUAGUGUGAGUGAUUUAUCUUUAACUUGUUUCCGCAUUUAACAAUAUGGCUGCCAGUUGUUUAGGGUAAUGUAAUGUGGCGUUCGAUAAAGCUGAGUGAAAUUGUUUUAAUUUAUUUUAGCUACGUAAAGAUGUAUACAGUUUUAAGAGGUUUAUAGCAGUAUUUCAUGGAAAAGCUGAAAUAUCCACUUUAAGUUGGUGAAUAAAAUUCUGAAUGCUGAAAAAUUGUCUGACAAAUUGAACAGUCAACAAACUUUUGUUUGUUUCGUCCAGUGGAUUGAAUUAAUUCUCUUGGAAGGGACUUGAUUAUGAACCAACCAUAAGUUUACUAAAUUAGUGAAACAGGGACUGACAUACACACAUUAGGUUAUGGCAAACUUGAAUUUUCAACAAGCUCCUAGAAGCCUAGCAAGCGGCGGUGUUGGCGGACGCGUCGGAUCCGGGCUGGUAGGCGGCGUGUCCGGGCAUGUGACGCCGACGUUCGGCGGCGCCCUGUCCCCCGGGCGGGGCGCCACUGCCAUGCCCGGGGGCGCGCCGCCCUCGAUGGCCUCCAGAUCUACCUUGUUCGGUCAACGAGCGUUCGCGGAUAGGAGGGUACCAAUGCCAACACCACUGUCACAAGCCAACUCAAAUUCAAUGACGAGUAUGGCAAAUCUGUCUCGGUUCAACGCGGGGAACAACUACCACUCUGUGUUCGGCGAGGGGGGUGACACGUCGACCCCUCCUCUUCUGGACCUCAGCGAGUUUCCGUCCCUCACGGCGCGCGGAGCUGGCGACCAGGCGCCGACGGCCGCGCCACCACCCCCCGGCUCUAAACCUUACGUGGGUAUGGUGAAGCAGCCAACGUCGGAGCAGUCGGAAUUCACGAUGUCCUCGGAGGACUUCCCCGCUCUCCCGGGCACGUCUGCGGGGACUCACGUACCCGAAAAACCCGCCGAGUAUACGCAUGCGCCCGACAAGCCUGCGCGCAAGGGCAUACAAACUUCGCCUGACGGCAAAGUGACGAAUAUACCAGAGACAAUGAUUCCUAAUCAAUACGGCAUAGUCGGACUAUUGACGUUCAUCCGAGCAGCGGAGUCGGACCCCAGCCUAGUAUCGCUAGCGCUGGGCCAGGAUCUCACCGCGCUAGGUCUUAAUUUAAAUUCCCCGGACAAUUUGUACCUUACCUUUGCUGGACCUUGGGCGGAUACACCCUGCAGGCCACAAGAUAUGGACUACCACGUGCCACCCGAGUAUCUGAUAAACGGGUCGAUCAGAGAAAAGUUGGCGCCGCUGCGACUGAGUCGAUAUAAGGAAGACCUGUUGUUUUAUCUCUUCUACUGCUUCGUGGGCGACGUGCUUCAGAUUGCGGCCGCGGCAGAGCUAUACAACCGCGAGUGGAGGUAUCACAUGGAGGAGAAGGUGUGGAUCUCUCAGGCGCCCGGCAUGCCAAUGGUGGAGAAGACCUCCACGUACGAGCGCGGUACUUACUACUUCUUCGACGCGCACAAUUGGAGGAAGGUGGCGAAAGAAUUCCACUUAGACUACAGCAAGCUCGAAGGCCGACCGCAGCUACCGCCGCACGUGAUCACGUAGCGGCCCGCGCUUUACACCUAAUGUAGUUUUGUUAUAUAAAAAGUACAAGUUAAAA